AUGCGUACAUUGAAUGAAAAACAUCCAGGUUAUCAUCUAUUGAAAUAUCUUGGAAAUUCAAAUUUGUUCUAUUAUCCAAUUGCGAGUCAUAGUCAAGAUUUGGAUACUGAAGAGCGUCUGGAAAAGAUCGGUAAUCUUAUAACCGAUGCACAAUUCGAUUCAAAACAACAACAGAUAAAGAAUACUUUAGGGAAUAAAAUUAUUCUUAUUGUUGAAACAUCUAAUCAAGGUCUAUAUCGUGGCAUUCUAUCAAAUAGCUCGUAA